CCUCUCCCUUUUGCUUUUUUCAGACAGAGAAGUAAACGCCUAGCGAGCGAGCAGGGGAGAAGGAGGAGGCUGCAGAUGGAGAGGGCGGCGCCAGUCAGGAAGUCCCACACCUCCACGGCCGACCUGCUCUCCUGGCCGCAGCAGGCCGACGGCACCGCCACGCCGUCGCCUGCGCGCCGCUCCCACCAGCCGUCGGAGGCGUUCCGCAAGGUGGUGUUCGGGGGCCAGGUCACCGAGGAGGAGUCCGACAGCCUAAACAAGAGGAAGCCAUGCUCGGCGCCCAAGUGGAAGGAGAUGUCGGGGAGCGGCAUUUUCGCUGGGGAGGCCAACGGCGACGCCGAGGAGCCCGCCGCAGCAACGCCUGGCCGAGCUGCCUCGCGCAAUUACCAGGCAGUGAGUACUGUAAGCCACAUAUCAUUCGCUGAGGAUGGAAGUGUUCCUCCCAAAAAACCAACUUCGGUGGCUGAGGUGGCAAAGCAGCGUGAGCUCAGUGGUACACUGCAAAGUGAUGUAGAUGGUAAGAUGAAGAAGCUGACAUCUAAUGCCAAAACCAAGGAGCUCAGCGGCCAUGACAUCUUUGCUGAACCCCAAGACCCCAGACCUAAUAGGUCAAGGAACUCAGAAAACGGCAGCUCUGCUUCACACACACCUGUGAAAAACGCAAAUGUGAGCACCUUCUCAUUCGGAGAGGCCAACACUGACAGCAUGUCGAAAACUCCCAAGAAGAUGGCCAGCAAGAAAUCUGCUGAUCUCACGGGCAACAACAUAUUCAAAGGAGAUGAGGCGCCAAUGUCUGCAGACAAGCAUCUGAGCUCCGCAAAACUGAAAGAAAUGACUGGCAGCAACAUAUUUGCAGAUGGGAAGGCCCCAGUUCGAGAGUUCUUAGGUGGGCCGCGCAAGCCUCCGGGUGGUGAGAGCAGCAUUUCACUCGUUUAGCAUCCUGAAGGAUGAUGUCACUCUACAUGUUUUCCUCUAGCAAGCAGUCGCUCAGUUUGUUUCCAUGACUCGGCAUUGAGUCUGUUUUAAUCCUGUGAUGUGAACCAAUGGUAAUGAUUAGCUUAACAUUUGGUGUGACCAUGUAGUUUGGUUUUGCUGUGCUCUGUGGACAUACUCGAUUGAAUAACCUAAUGGUGUGGUGUCUAGUUCA